AUGGGGGUUCAAGCUCCAACCGACCAAAACUCUUCCGUCCCCGUCCCCAGCAAUAUAGACGAGCAACUGGAGAAGCAAUCACAUAUAGAUGAACAACUAAAGAGGCAGAAGGAAAUAGAUGAUUGGCUUCCAAUCACUUCUUCUAGGAAUGCAAAAUGGUGGUACUCUGCUUUCCACAAUGUCAAUGCCAUGGUUGGAGCUGGUGUCUUAAGUCUUCCCUUUGCCAUGUCUAAUCUUGGAUGGGGUCCUGGUAUUGUAAUUCUGGUACUGUCAUGGGUGAUCACCUUGUUCACUCUAUGGCAAAUGGUUGAGAUGCAUGAAAUGGUUCCUGGAAAGAGGUUUGAUAGGUACCAUGAGCUAGGUCAACAUGCCUUUGGUGAAAAGCUUGGCCUUUGGAUUGUGGUGCCUCAACAGCUGAUUUGUGAAGUUGGUGUGGACAUUGUGUAUAUGGUAACAGGUGGAAAAUCCCUGCAGAAGAUCCAUAUAAUAGCUCGCAAAGACAAAGACCCAAUCAAACUUACCUACUUCAUCAUGAUCUUUGCCUCUGCUCAAUUUGUCCUCUCCCAUCUCCCCAACUUUAAUUCCAUCUCUGGAAUUUCAUUAGCUGCAGCAGUCAUGUCAUUAAGUUACUCUACUAUUGCAUGCACGGCUUCAGUCCACAAGGGUGUUCAGCCAGGUGUAGAAUACGGGUAUUUAGCUCAGAGCACAUCGGGAACGGCCUUCAACUUCUUCACUGCCUUGGGGGACGUUGCUUUUGCCUAUUCAGGCCAUAAUGUAGUCUUGGAGAUCCAAGCAAUAAUCCCUUCUUCGCCGGAGAAGCCAUCGAAGAAGCCUAUGUGGAGAGGAGUGGUGAUCGCCUAUGUAGUCGUGGCAUUGUGCUACUUUCCAGUUGCUUUUAUUGGUUAUUAUACUUUUGGCAACAAAGUUGAUGACAACAUUCUCAUCUCCUUAGAGAAACCUGAAUGGCUCAUCAUAACAGCAAACAUGUUUGUUGUCAUCCAUGUCAUUGGGGGUUAUCAGUUAUUUGCAAUGCCGGUAUUUGACAUGAUGGAAUCCAUGUUGGUAAAGAAACUCCAUUUUAGACCCACUACAAGGCUUCGCUUCAUUACCCGGAACACUUAUGUCGCAUUCACGAUGUUGGUCGGCAUUACUUUUCCCUUCUUUGGUGGUCUUCUGGGAUUCUUUGGAGGAUUUGCGUUUUCCCCAACAACAUACUUUCUCCCUUGCGUUAUAUGGCUUAUCAUCAGGAAACCAAGGAAGUUUAGCCUGUCUUGGUUUGUUAACUGGAUUUGCAUUACACUGGGUGUUGUGCUGAUGAUCUUAUCACCCAUUGGAGGGCUAAGGAAUAUCAUACUUAAAGCCAAGAACUACAAAUUCUACGAUUAACAGACUUUUCAGCAUCAAUGAAACAGAUCUGUUGACUAUUGCUGGUGAUACUUGAAGAAGAAGAGAGUCAUAAUUUCGAGAUUGGCAUAUCGCCUA